AAAUUUCUACAUAUAGAAAGUGAUCAGUCCAAGUCUUCUCUUUCUUUUUACUGACCCACAAUACACUUUAUCUAAUCACACCUACCCAACCUUCACAAAUUUUCCAUCUUUUUGAUCACAUAGGCUUUUGUAGGUGGUCUUGAUCAUUUUCCAACUUUCUUGAAGGAACCAAAUAAUAUGGAAAGAUAUGAACUUGUUAAAGAAAUUGGGUCUGGUAACUUUGGUGUAGCAAAGCUUGUUAGAGACAAGGGUACUAGAGAGUUGUUUGCUGUCAAGUUUAUUGAAAGAGGACAAAAGAUUGAUGAACAUGUUCAAAGGGAGAUUAUGAAUCAUAGAUCUUUAAGACAUCCAAAUAUUAUUAGAUUCAAAGAGGUGUUAUUGACUCCAACUCACUUAGCAAUAGUAAUGGAGUAUGCAGCCGGAGGAGAGCUUUUCGAGAGGAUAUGCAAUGCGGGUAAAUUCAGUGAGAACGAGGCAAGAUUUUUCUUUCAACAACUUAUAUCAGGAGUUAGCUACUGUCACUCGAUGGAAAUUUGUCACAGAGAUCUUAAGCUUGAAAACACACUGCUAGAUGGAAGCACAGCUCCUCGUGUUAAAAUAUGUGAUUUUGGGUACUCAAAGUCAUCAGUUCUGCAUUCUCAACCAAAGUCAACAGUUGGAACGCCAGCUUACAUUGCACCCGAAGUUCUCUCAAGAAAAGAAUACGAUGGAAAGCUUGCAGAUGUCUGGUCAUGUGGGGUAACUCUAUAUGUGAUGCUCGUUGGGGCAUAUCCGUUUGGAGAUCCUGAUGAUCCAAAGAACUUUCGAACAACAAUUACCCGAAUACUUAGUGUCCAAUACUCUAUUCCAGACAGUGUAGAAAUUUCGUUGGAAUGCAGACAUCUUCUUUAUCGGAUAUUCGUUGCCAAUCCUGAGAAGAGAAUAACCAUAAAAGAAAUCCAAAUGCACCCAUGGUUCUUAACGAACUUGCCUAUGGAUUUGAUGGCUGGGGGAAGUUCUCAGAACACAAUAUCUAGUGACACAAAUCAGAAUAUUGAUGAAAUAUUGUCAAUAAUACAAGAGGCAAGAACUCACCCUGGGAUGCUAAAUGAUGGAUCACCGCAGCUUCUUGGCGAUAGUAUGGACUUUGAUGAUUUGGAUGAUUCUGAUAUUGAAGACAUAGACAUAAGUGAUGAUUAUAGUUGCUCACUAUAAGAAGGUUACCAAAAUAUAUGGUUAUUUUACAAGUUUUCAGCAUACGUUGUCAUACAACAUCUUUUAUGUAUGAUAUAUAUGAUAUCUCA